AUGAUUUAAGGCUAAUCAUAUGAAGUUCAAGGAUUACUAAAUGCAGGUAUAUUUAAUUUAUAGUUCUUAUUAGGCUUAGAUAAAAAUGAAUAGCCUAUUUAUGUUUUGCUAUAUAAUUUGAUUAUUCAAAAUAAAAAUGAAGAAUAAAUAGUGAAUAAAUUUUAAUCCUAUUUACAACAAUUCAGACCUUUUAAGUAUAAGAUUAAGUUUAUACUAGAGGAUUCAUCUUGAUUAUUUGCUCUUAGGAUGAUACAGAAAUGAAAGCAAUAGAUGUUAAAAAUUUAAUAAAACAAACUAUUUAGUAAUUUUUCACAUUAUUUAAGAGAAAGGUGAAUUCUUAAUAAUUAAAAAGAAUUGAUAAAUUAAUUGUGAUAAGCAACAAUUAGAAUUAUGGAAAGAAGGAAAAAACAAUACCUUUUUCACUAUAAUUGUUAUUAAAAGAUAAAAUACACUUAAUAAACAAGUAUUUAAAAUAUAUUUACAAUUUUAAGUACUUCAUUUCUGAAUUUAUAUGAUAUUGAGUUGCAUUAAUCAAUUUUAAGAUUCUUGUGUAAUUAAAUAGAAUUUUAAGAAUAAUAACCAUUUUAUGGUAGGGAAUUAGGUUCUUAUCCAAUUGGUUAAUCAGGACUUCCUGUAUUUCUUGAAGAGAUAUUACAAUUUUAUAUUAAAAAUAAAGAUAAUUUACGCAAAUAAGGGAUAUUUCGAUUGUCAGGUUCCCAUGAUGAAGAAAUAAAAUUAGUAGAUUAAUUAUUAUAAUCUAAUUAUGAAGCUAUAAAAAUAUCAGAUUCUGAUGUUAUAGCUACAGUAUUAAAAAACUCUUUAAUUAAUUUAAAAACACCAAUUUUUCCUUUUGAAAUAUAUUAAAUUUUAAGAGACACUGAUCCUUAAAUACCAACUAAAGAAUUUAUAGAUAUGUUUAGCAUAUUUUUUGCACAUCUACCUAAAGUUAAUAGAUUAACAAUUUUCAGAUUAAUAGAAUUUAUAAAAUUUGUAGCAAAAUUUGAAAAUGAAAAUAUGGUAAUAAAAAUGAAAUAAAAUUUAGAUGGGUUUAUACAAUUUAUCAAUAAUAUUUGCUCCAUGUUUUUUUAGAGCAAAUAGUAUUGAUCAAUUAGAUAUUUAAGGUGCAAAGACAAUAGUAUUACAUUUUAAAUCUUUAAUUCAAAAUAUUGA